CCGUCUAGACUUAGCCUACCAGCUACUGGGCCUCUAAAAAUGCCAACUUUUUGUCUUCCUCUGCUCGGCCUCCAGUCCCCCGACACAUCCACCGCUGCUUGAGUGGUACCGGCCUCCCUGCUACUUGAGUGUUUUUCCCCACUGCUCUUAAGUGUCGCGGGCCUCUUUCCCCGCCUCUUGAGUGUUUUCCCUGCUGCAACCCUCAAAGUCACUGCCACAGAUGGGUUCCGUUUUUGUGACACGUGGAUGUGGUCCAGGCCAAAGCAGUUCUCAUCAAUGCCGGUCAAGCAAACGCAGCAACGGGCGAGGAAGGUCAGCGAGCAGUUUUGGAGUCCUGUGCGGCAGCUGCAGAGGUGCUGGGAGUGCCCGUGGACAGUGUGCUCGUGGAAUCAACUGGCGUGAUAGGCCAGCAAAUCAAGAAGACGGAGCUUAUCAGCGCACUUCCGAAGCUCGCAAGUUUGCUUUCCUCUUCUGCAGAGGCGUGGUCACCUGUGACGCAGCAGUGACGGCGGACGUGUGGCGGUCCCUCGUGUCGACAGCUGUCAGCCGGAGCUUCAAUCAAAUCACAGUGGAUGGCGACACGAGCACGAACGAUUCCGUAAUUGCACUUGCUAGCGGAGCAGCUGGAGGUUCAGUGAUUCUCAAAGUGAAUAGUAAAGAGGCGCAGCAGCUGCAGAUGGCCUUGGAUGCGGUUUGUCAAGGUCUCGCAAAGUCGAUUGCAUCGGAUGGAGAGGGUGCGACUGUUUUGAUGGAGUCUGCUGUCUAUGGCAGGGAUCCCAACUGGGGACGACUGGCCUGCGCUGCUGGAUAUGCUGGCAUCGCAUUUGAUCCGAAUGAUCUGAAGAUCUCUCUAGGAACAUUCCUUCUCAUGGAGGCCGGCCAACCGCAAAGCUUCGAUCGUGCCGGAGCGAGUGCGUAUUUGAAACAAAAGGGUGACUGCCACGGUACUGUGCACAUCGACAUCAGCAUCGGCUCUGGACCGGGUCAUAGCAAGGCAUGGGGGUGCGACUUGAGUUACGAUUAUGUGAAGAUCAAUGCGGAGUACACGACAUAGCCCAUUGCGAAACAUCCAUCCGGCUCCCGCUUCGAAGACGUGGCGCUUUGCGCGAAGGGCUUGUCAUCGACUGAGGCCUGUGAUGAUGUUGUAGUGCAUCGCGAAACGCUCAAGAGUGGUGGUGAUUUUGCGCUUUGCGGCUUGAAGAGUAGUUGUGGUUUUGCGAUUUCUGGAUCGAAGAGCGGUGCGAUUUUGCGAUUCGUCGAUCGAGGAGCGGUUGUGAUUUUGCAAUUCGUCGAUCAUGGAGCGGUUCUGAUUUUGCGACUCGCUGAUUGAAGAACGGCCGGCUGUGAUAUUGCGAUUCAUGGAUCGAAGAGUAGUUGUCAUUUUAGCCCCACUGUGUCGUCGUAGGCUGGCAGCUGAGAUAGAUAGGAGCACGCUGUGAAACGUCCGUUCGGCUUGCGCUUUUGCGCAUCUAAUCGGAACCGGUAAUGUGCACUUUGUCAUAUGCGAUUUGUGUGUCAGACGUAUCGAAAUACGUAAUGUUGUGCAAUUUGCGACGCACGAUUAUGAAGCAUCUAGCGACGCGCAGUUAUUGUGUAUCGGAAUACGUAAUGUGUAAUUUGCGACGCGCGAUGUGCAGUUUCCAACGACGUGUGACGAGACGGAUGACAUCACAGAUUUGUGCAUCUGGAAGUAAUCAGAAACUCCUAAAAUGUCCGAUUCGCUAUAUGCGAUCUGUGUGUCAGAUGUGUAUCGGAAUACGUAAUCGUCGUAAUGUGCAUUUUGCGACGUGCGAUUAUGAAGCUUCUAGCGAUGUGCAACUUGUGUAUCGGAGGAAUACGUAAUGUGCAAUUUGCGACGCGCGAUUAUGAAGCUUCUAGCGAUGUGCAAUUUGUGUAUCGGCGGAAUACGUAAUGUGCAAUUUGCGACGCGCGAUGUGCAAUUUGGGACGCGCGAUGUGCAGUUUCCGACGUGUGACAAGACAGAUGACGUCACAGAUUUACACCGUCUUGUUAACGUCUUGUCGGUGGUGCUUUUGAUGUCAUAGCGCAUUGUGGAACGUCAAACUGACAGCAAACCGACGACGACUUGCAAAUGUUGCGGUAAUUUGCGAUUGGCAAAGUCACAUUCGUAUCCGAGCUCGGUACAGAAAAUUGCAUGCCCUUCAUUUCACAUGUGAAUGCCGUCAGCGCGGACGCGGAGGGCCCGCCCCUUUUACCCUUUGCUUCUUUCUUCUGCGUAUCGCCGGCACCGAUAGCUUUUCUUUACGAGUAUUUUUUAAUGAGCAUCUUUCGAUUUCUGUUUGGAAGAAUUGAGGCUUCUUUUUCUCUUAGGAUUGUGGAGAAAAGCACACAGACUAGGAGAAUGUCAGGCAGUACCGGGGUGCGCACUUCGGGGGGUGUUGUAAGGCUUCUACGGGACGGUGGGUCUAUAACUCCAAGCAUUUGUCGU